AGACUGCGGUAGAGCAGUAGUGAAUUAACAGGGCAGAGGUGACCAGACAAGCACACCAAGAUCAACCCCAUCACCUGCCCCAGCUACGAGGUAGACCCUAGACCCCCACCCUAGAGCCCCACCACCACCACCAUGAAGUGCUCCCCGCCACGAGGUGCCUCAGAGGGCCCUGCCCUGGGCAGUCCCUGUAAGCUUAUGCCAAGGUGGGCGAUGUGUCUCAAGGCUCUACUGAGAAUGCCCCCUAGGACUCCCCUCCAGGGGAGAGGCCCCUGUACCCACACCCAGGCAGUAUCUGGGGAGGCUGGGUCUUCCUCCUGAGUAGUUCUGACCCAACCCUUCAUGGCUGAGGGAGGGCUGUGUGGCCCAAAGGAGGGAAGUCACUUCACCUGGAAGUGGUAGUCUCAGGCUUGAGGCUAGAACCCAGGUGUGGGGACCUGAAUGCAGCCCUGUCCUGUGUAUACCUUGCUGCCCUUGGGGCCACCUCAGGUGAGCUCAGGUGCACAGGGGCAGGCUGCGUGGGCUGGGGGCUCCGCCCUGACCCCCACCCCCGAGGCAGGCUCCUCUGGGUGGCGUGGGGCAGAGUAGGCAGGCAGAGCGGGCGGAGCGGGGGAAGCCCCCAGGCUGGCUCACGCCAUUGUCUGAGGGCCCAGCAAGGCGCGGAGAGCCAUGGAGUUGCGGCUGGGGGGCUACACGGCAGCGGUGGCUGCGGUGAGUGGGAGCACAGUAGAGGGGGUUGAACGGCUUGACUUCAGGCCUGGGUUGCCGGCUGUGAAUGAAGGGGCCCAACUUCCUUGGGAAGUGUGCCAACACCACCACCACCCUCCCUUUCGACUUAGAGACUCAGCUAGUUAGAGGCUUACCCGGGCGGGGCCCUUCCGCUGAAAGGAAACCUCCGCCCGGAGCCUGGAGGGGUCUAGGGGCCCCAAGCAGGGAAAGAGCUAGGUCCCCCACCUUAGAAAGAUCCCGAGUGGGGAUGGGGCUGCCUGAGCCUGCUCCGAUGAUCUAGUGGAGGAGGGGAAAUGUGCUCAGAGCUGGCCGGAGACCUCUGCUCUGCUGCUCCGAGCCUGGUCUGCGCCCGGCGAGGGAAGCUGGCUUUCCCCACAUUUCCUGCAUCCACGGGCGCCUCUUCUCAAGAGCCCGAGAAGUGGGCUGCUCUGUGGGUCCUGCUCCUGGCACUGCUGGGCGCCCAGGGCCAGCACAGCACUCCUGCUCCUAGGUGCAACUGUGCCUACAAUUUCCAGAAGAGGAACGGUCUGUUCUGUUGCAAGGGCUGUCCAGCAGGGCACUACCUGAAAGGCCCCUGCUUGAAGCCCUGUGGUCCGGCCAUCUGCCUUCCAUGUCCCGGGGGCACCUUCCUGGCCAGGGAGAACCACCAUGAGACCCGCUGUACCCGCUGCCAGGCCUGUGACGAGGAGGUCUCCCAGGUGGCCCUGAAGAACUGCUCGAUGGUGGCAGACACCCACUGUGGCUGUGAGCCAGGCUGGUUCCUGGAGUGCUUGGUCAAGCCCUGCAAGGCUGGCUCUCCCUUCCGCUGCCAUCCAUGCUCAGACUGCAGGGCUCUGCACCGCCACACACGGGUGCCCUGUUCUGCCAGAGAUAGCGACUGUGGGACCUGCCUGCCUGGCUUCUAUGAAUAUGGCAACAGCUGCGUGUCCUGCCCCACGAGCACCCUUGGGAGCUGUCCUGAGCCAUGUGUGACUGUCUGUGGCUGGAGGCAGAUGUUCUGGGUCCAGGUGCUUCUGGCUGGCCUGGUGGUCCCACUCCUGCUUGGUGCUACCCUGACUUACACAUACCACCGCUGCCAACCUUGCAAGCCCGUGGUUCCUACAGAUGAAGCUGGGAUGGAGGCCUUGACUCUACAGGCCACCCAACUCUCAACCAGGGACAGCGCGCACACCCUUCUAGUGCCCCUCAGCAGUAGUGAGAAAGUCCGCGCUGUCCAGUUGGUGGGCAACGGCUGGACCCCUGGUUCCCCCCUGAGCCAGGAGGCGCCCUGUCCGGAGGUGACAUGGCCCUGGGACCAGAUGCACAGCAGAGCUCUCGAGCCGCCGCCGCCACCUUCGCCAGCGCCCCCUGCAGGCUCCGCGGCCGCCACGCUCCAGCCGGGCCCGCAGCUCUACGACGUGAUGGACGCGGUGCCCGCGCGGCGCUGGAAGGAGUUCGUGCGCACGCUGGGGCUGCGCGAGGCGGAAAUCGAGGCCGUGGAGGUGGAGGUCGGCCGCUUCCGCGACCAGCAGUACGAGAUGCUCAAGCGCUGGCGGCAGCAGCAGCCCGCGGGCUUGGGCGCCGUCUACGCGGCGCUGGAGCGCAUGGGGCUGGACGGCUGCGCCGAGGACCUGCGCAGCCGCCUGCAGCGCGGCCCGUGACUCGGGGGCCCAGCCGCCGGCCCCGGGCCCCGGCGGCCCCUGCGGAAGCCCUAAGUACGGUUACUUAUGCGUGUAGACAUCUUAUGUCACUUAAUAAGCUCCCGGCGCGGCCCUGCGUAGCAGCGCCCAGCGCCCUCCCCGCUGCGCGACCCCGGGCUUCUGGUCAAGGCCGAGAGGCGUGGACGCCUCGCAGAGGGGGCAGACGCUCAGCGGUGGCUGGGCCUGACCUCGCUGAGGCCCUCAUAUUAAAUCUGUGAAGAAAAA